CUCAUCGCCAUGAUGGAUUUUAUCCAUAUGGAUUCAUUCAUCUAGACCAACCCAAGGAAUCCGGCACCCGGCACCCGGCACCGUCGACCUGCCUUGUUCGGUCGUCCCAAGGGCCAAGGCCCCUCUCGUGUCCACCAAGCCAAGGGUCGUCCUGCAUGCUUAUUCCUCCGCGUCCACCAUGAACCGCCCGAUAACGUGCCCUCAACUUGCGCGAGAGAUGCGCCUUUUACACAUACAUACAUGAUGACGAGCGGCGGUGGCCAGGCCGCUAGUUCGUCGCGCAGUCCGUUGCUUCUGCGUCCUAUAGAUGCACCAAGCAAUAGUCUGGAUCCAGGAGUCCAGGACUAAGACUCAGUCGGUUCAGCUCAUGCAUCUCUCACUCUAUCUCUCUCUCUCUCUCUCUCUCUCUAUAUCUCUUUCUCUGCUCCCCCCCCCCCCCCCCCCCCUCUCCCACGGCGCUGGGCUCACUGGCAUCCCGGCCGCCGGCUGCUCGCGUGCAUUGCCGCGCCCCGAAACAUGUUUCUCGCUUCCAUUCCCCUGGAUUGCUAUGCUGCCCACGAAAGCCCUAAGAGGCGGGCGGCUCGACGUCCAUCCAGAGGCCCUUCCCAAAGUCUUACUGCAGUGAUUAGUCCCGACAAUCGGCGGCGACAGAAGCAAUGCUAGUUGCAUGGGGGUCAACGUGAGGGGCAGCUCGACAUGGGCAGAUCCUCCCCCGCUACCGGCUGGUCAUCCCAUCACUGCAGCCUCUGUCUCUCCCCAUCUCUCUCUGGCCUAGGCUCCUCUCUAUCAUCGACGACCACGAACGACACAACCAACAAAGCUCGUGGGUCAUGGUCUGUUCUGCCCCUCACCCCCGAUGGCGCUAGGCAAGCUCCCAAUUCCCAAAGAGGCACAGAGCAUCACCGGCUCGCCUCCGGUCUGACACUUCUACGGAGGGGCAAGGAGCAAUGCAAGUGUAUCCGUACGAAUAGACAACAGCAGUCCAUGUCCAAGUGGAGUUCACACACUGCUACCCUCAAGGUCGACUGACGCUUUCGCUACCCCGUCUUGCGUAUCGUUCUUCCUGCUUGCUCCGACUUCCUUCACCUUGCUCUCGUUUCGUCUCGCCACCGAGCAUUGAGUCCUGUUGUGUUGCUUUCUGUCUCCGCAUAAUAGAAAACCGCAGCAGCUCUCCAAGGUGAACCCCGAUCGUUGUCAUCAUCAUCUGCCCAAUUGCUCAGCCCAGCGGUCUCAACAUGAAGGCAUUCGGAACUGCCGCCCUCGCGGUAGCAGCUGUCGCCUCGGCGGUCCUGGCACAGGAGUGCGCCGACGUGCUCUCCCCGAGCUAUACUGCUCCCCAGGUCGCGCCCGGUUGGCAGGCCCAGCUUGUCGCGACCGGCUACAAGAAGCCGCGGACGAUCCAUGUCGACAGCGAGGGCGCCCUGCUGGUUCUCGACGCCGCUGUGGGUGUCUACCGCGUCACGUUCCAGGACAAUGGCGGCACCUGUCUCAAGGUGAUGGAGAGCAAGCUGCUGGUCAACAACACUCGUCUUACGCACGGCAUGGCCUUCUCGGACGACGGCAAGACUCUGUACGCCUCCUCCGUCAGCCAGGUCCUCGCCUGGGCCUACGACGCAAAGGCCGGCACCGUCAACGCCGAGCCCGCCGUCGUCAUCGACAACAUGGCCAACAACGACCAGACGACGCGCACGCUCGUCAUGUCCAAGGCGUCCCGCAACUGGCUCGUCGUCUCGCGCGGUGUCGACGAGAAUUUCGACAUGGACGCCCUCGACGCCUCCUCGGGCCACGCCCAGGUCAAGGCCUUCGACCUCAGCAAGGCCGGCAACGACCCCUUCGACUUCAACACGGAUGGCCAGCUGCUGGGCUGGGGCAUCCGCAACGCCGUCGCCGUCGACGAGGACCCGGCCACCGGCAACGUCUGGGCCAUGGACAACUCCAUCGACGACAUCACCCGCAACGGCGUCGACGUCCACGACAACAACCCGGGCGAGGAGCUCAACCUACUCGGCGCCGUCGCCAACGACACGAGGACCGAGAACGGACCCGCCAACUACGGCUACCCGCGCUGUUUCGCCGUCUGGGACACGUCCAUCCCCCUCAACGACUCGCUCCGUGUCGGCGACCAGUUCUCCAUGGAGCAGAACGCCACCAUGAACGACACCCGCUGCCACAACGACUACGUCGCCCCGCGUCUGACGUUCCAGUCCCACACCUCGCCCGUUUUCCUCAAGUUCGCCAACGACGGCUCCCGUGCCUUUAUGUCGUUCCGCGGAAGUUUCAACCGCCCUGACCCCGUCGGCUACGCCCUCACCGCCGUCGACUUCUCCAACGGCGAGCCCGUCGCCAGCAGCGACUCCACCGACGCCCUCAAGAACAUCAUGUAUAACAAGGACCUGUCCGCCUGCCCUGGCCAGUGCUUCCGCCCCGUCGGCCUGGCCUGGGACGCCCAGAACCGCCUGUUCAUGACGUCUGACUCGACCGGUGAGAUCUACAUCCUGCGCCAGGACGACGCCACGCCCACGUCUACCACCCCCGGCACCUUUGCCACACCCACCGCCACGCCCACCGCCAAACCCAACGCGGCAAGCGGUGUUGCCCCUUCGCUCGGCCUGGGCCUCGGUGUGUUGGCCGCUGCUUGCUUGCUGUCUCUUUAAGGAAAAGAGGGAGCGUGCCUGCUAGGCGUGGAUGUUGAUGACUGGGAAUAAAAGUAUGUAGAAAUACCCUUGAGGGGUGGGAUGAGUUGGGGUUGUGGGACUUCGCCGUGUUGCGUUGCAAAGCUUUAACGAUAUAUGAACAU